AUGCACGCUCCUCAGAUGUCGUCAAAUAAAUCGACUCGCUCGAAAGGAGCCUCCAAGAAUCCCACAGUUGAUUCACAACCUAGAAUCGAGGUAUCAACCCCAGCAGGGACGGAACAGUCCGAAGCGACGUCAAACCCUACUUUGUUAGAAGGUUCACAAGAUAGCGGAGGCGAUGAUUCCUUAGACCUCAUUAGUAAAAAUCCUGAAUUGUCCGUAGAAACAUUGAAAACAAUUGCCGACAAAACUUCGAUUCCCCCCGAAAGUGAACCCACACCGAAUAAAGAGAGAGACCAUAUUUGGGCUAAGAUCAAAAUAGCACACGGAGAGGGAGACGAGAUCUUAGCGAAAGCCUUAAUGAUAGCGUACGAGGCGAUGGGCGCAUCCAGCCCUAGACCCGAGGUGUCAGACGUUUCCGGGACUAGGCCUUCAUUGAACACAAGAUCGGCAUCAGCAAGACCCGUUUUGUGCAUCUCAGAUCACCAAUCCUUAGCAACAACUGCGACGGUAACUGAGACAGAAGACAACAUAGUGUACGCAGUAGGCGCCGUCACGAGUCACCAAGAUAUUGGGUUCACUCCUUACUUUGACGAAAAUAUUCGUAAAUUGAAGGCACCGAUUCCAUUAACCAUCUUCGACAGAGAAUGGCAAAAGAAAGCCCUCACAGCCCACAUGUUAUUGAAACCAUCAAAGUCCUCAGAAGACAAAGCUUACAGAGGCCUAGCGUAUCACGAUGAAUGGACCCAAACCCACUCGACUUGGACGAAUAACCAUCGAUCCUUCUUUAUCACUUUAAGAGAUGUGUAUAAUAAGACCAUCUUCGCCAACAAGCUUCUGAUCCACAAAGCCAAUUGCGACGAGAUAGCAGAUGUCUACGGUUUCAUGACGGCUUUCAGAUACGAUAUGCAGAUCAGGAUGAACGCAUUCGCUCACAGGUUACCUUCGAAGGAUGGCGCGGCAGUACCAGACAUUACGGUAAAACAAGACGUAGUCGUAGAACAAUGCUAUAGCAUCGUCAGAUCUCACGGAGAAACCGGCUGGAAAGAUAAUCAUUACGCACCAGGCGGGUCUCAUGCAGCAUACGACCCGGACACGGGUGCUAGAAAACCGGAGCUAUCUAGAUCGAAUUUGGUUCCAAACCAAAACAAUCACGGCAACAACCGUCAACAAAAUCAUGUCAAUCAAUAUAACAACACCGGUUACGGAUUCAGUAAUCAUCAAGAGAGGAGGAGGGACGCACACAGAGGUCGUUACGGGGUCAACAUGAUGCAAGGCAAUUUUCAUAACAAUUAUCCCAACAAUUAUCACUACAACAACAACUACGACAAUCAUCCGCAGACACAUCAACAACCCUCUAACUUUGUCAAUCACUACGAUAAUAAUAACAGCGGUGGGUACCAUCAACUCAUGGGGGAUAGUAGGAAAAGGUUCAGGAGCUCCGGAAAUAAAGCGGAAGCCAGCGAAAAACCGCCACCCAACAUGGCUAGUGGAAGCAAACCUUCAAUUUGUGUUCCUAAGGUCGCUUGGCCUGUUGCAGUAUCAUGUGAAAUGCAUAUUGAUGAGUGGAAAUAUGCACUAGAUAAGGCUGGUUUGCUACCAGAGAUGCUCCACAUCAUUGAAGGAUUCACUAUCGGUUUUGAUCAAGGGAUCCCCGAUCAUAAAGUUGGUAAUGAGAAGUGGUUCACACCCGAUAAUCACUCUUCCGCGAUCAACGCAAAAGACAAAAUACAAAAGUCCAUAAAUGAAGAAGUAGAAGCCGGUAGAAUGUUUGGCCCAUUUUCACAUGAAGAGGUCGCCAAACAUUACGAAUUUUUUCGGACCAGCCCUUUAGGUUCUGUUGUAAAUACAGACGGGAAGAUGCGUCCAAUCAAUAAUCUAUCUUUCCCGAGGAACGACAGCAAGAUAAAGUCAGUCAACUCUUACGUAAAUAAGUUAGACUUCACUACGACGUGGGACAAUUUCAAAAUCGUAUCGACUUUCUUUAGAACGCACUCCGAACCGUUCGAACUUGCCCUCUUUGAUUGGGCGAAAGCUUAUCGACAAAUUCCUACCAGGGAAUCACAGUGGAGAUACCUGAUGGUAAAAGACCUUCACGGAAAUCUAUACGUCGACACUCAAAUUACUUUCGGAGGUGUUGCUGGAUGCGGCUCAUUCGGUUUACCAGCAGAUGCGUGGAAACAAAUCAUGCAGUCUGAAUUCGAUGUCGUCAAAAUAUUUUGA